ACUCAGGCUGACACUGAGAAGAAGAAGAAGAUAAUCCUCCAGCAGGUAAUCAUCAACUUUUAAAUCAGCAUCACCUCCACCAUGAAGACGCUGAUUCUGUCUGCACUUCUUUGUGCCGUGAUCACGCUGACCAGAGCUGCUGCUCUUUCAGAAGCAAAGGAUGAAGGUGGGGAAGUGGCAAUAAUUCAAGAAGGAGAGCAUCAUAUCUUGGAGAGGUCAACAUCUUGUCCCAGUGGUUGGACUAAGAUCAGCGAUCGCUGUUUCCUCUUCGUUCCACGAACCAUGACUUGGGCUGAAGCUGAGAGAAACUGUCUGUCCUUAGGUGCACACCUUGCAUCUGUACGUAGAGCUGAGGAGUAUCAUCAGAUUCAAAGGCUGAUAGCAGAUAAAACUCAUGGGAAUCCACAGACUUGGCUCGGAGCCUCUGACGCUGCCCAGUUCCCUAAUUUGUGA